AUGACUAGGGUGUUGAGUAUCUCAUCAGCGACUCAUUCUCCUCGGCGGGGGUACAACUUUCCUUAUCUGGAUCGCGGGGCAGCCGUUGGGCCGAGGCUUAGGGUUAGUACCUGCCUGCUGUAUACCCACCCACGUGAUUUCGCGGAACUUUGGUGUUUGGGGCAAGACGCGCCAAGUGAUGUGGCAACGCGUGCGAUGAUAGCAGGCAGAGCCUCAGCCGAUGACUACAGCAUCGGCCUGAACCAUCGAAGAACGCUUUUGAAGGCUGGCUCGUGUCAUAGUUUUGAAAUUUUGGAUCAAUGUAAGAAUACAUCCCUCAAAUCCGGCGACCGUCUCGCGAAGCCUUUCAAAUGCCCUGGAACAGCCACCCCAACUCGAACCUCAGAAAAACCGUCGAGAAAAAGGAGGAAGGUGAAUUAUGCCAACGCGGAUGGAAGUACGGAGGACCAAGGUGAAAAGCCAUGGACGAACGAGGAGCGCCUCGCGCUUGCAACCCGAGACGCCAACAAAUUCCCUGUUUUCAAACCAAAAGACAAAGAUACCGCAUUCAGGCAAAGGUUUACAAUUCCAUUGAUCAAUAAAUCGGCAGACACCUACGAUGCCGCGAGGCCGGCGCCGACUUUGGGAAUGAGGCGAGGUGCCUCAUUUGUGGUGAAACCAUUGCAUGAUCCUAGCGGGGAGUUUGCCAUCGUGUUAUAUGACCCAACUGUUGAUGAUGUCGAUGAAGCACCCGAACCACCCAAGGCGCAAGAAGGCCAGCCCGAUGAAGCAAGUUCGAAAUUAGAUGAACCGCUUGUGCAUAAGAGCUUAGCAGAUAUUCUCGGGCUUAAAAAGGAAGUUGAUUCUCGUCCUAAAGUUCCCGUUGUCAUAGAUCCAAAGGUGGCAAAGAUUUUGCGGCCACAUCAAGUUGAAGGUUUUCUUUAUCGUUGCACAACCGGCCUGAUUGAUAAAAAUGCAAAUGGCUGUAUCAUGGCAGAUGGAAUGGGAUUGGGCAAGACACUUCAAUGCAUUGCCCUGAUGUGGACCUUACUUAAACAAUCCCCAGAGGCGGGGAAAUCAACCAUCCAGAAGUGUAUUAUCGCCUGUCCAUCAAGUUUAGUUGGAAAUUGGGCGAAUGAGCUCGGGAAAUGGCUGGGGAAGGACACCAUAACUCCGUUCGCAGUGGAUGGUAAGGCGUCGAAGACGGAACUCACUACUCAGAUGAAACAAUGGUCAAUGGCUUCUGGACGCUCUGUUGUGAGGCCCGUGUUGAUUGUUUCCUAUGAGACGCUUCGUAUGUACGUUGAAACAUUGAAAGACAGUCCAAUAGGGCUGCUAUUGUGCGAUGAAGGACAUCGCCUGAAAAAUAAAGACAGCUUGACAUGGACUGCAUUGGACAGUCUUAAUGUGAGCCGACGGGUCAUUUUGUCCGGAACUCCCAUUCAGAAUGACCUGUCAGAGUAUUUUGCUCUCCUUAAUUUCGCGAACCCAAACCUGCUAGGGUCGCAGAAUGAAUUUCGGAAAAGAUUCGAAUUGCCAAUUCUCAAGGGGCGCGAUGCGGCGGGCACAGAAGAGGACCGAAAGAAAGGUGAUGAACGACUACUUGAACUUUCCGGUAUUGUCAACAAAUUCAUCAUCCGUCGGACGAAUGACAUCCUAUCUAAGUACUUGACCGUCAAGUACGAACAUGUUGUAUUCUGCAACUUAUCACCGUUCCAGCUCGGCUUAUACAAACAUUUCAUUCAGAGCCCAGAAAUCAGGAGUUUGCUAAGAGGCAAAGGAAGCCAGCCCUUGAAAGCGAUUGGAAUUCUGAAAAAGCUCUGCAAUCAUCCGGAUCUUCUCGAUCUCGCUAAAGACCUCCCAGGGUGUGAAUAUACCUUCCCCGAUGACUAUGUGCCACCUGAGGCUAGAGGUCGUGACCGAGAGAUCAAAUCUUGGUAUUCAGGCAAGAUGAUGGUUCUCGAUCGUAUGCUGGCCCGCAUACGUCAGGAUACCAAUGACAAAAUUGUCCUCAUCAGUAACUACACUCAGACAUUGGACCUCUUUGAAAAACUUUGCAGAACACGGGGGUACGGUUCGCUACGACUGGAUGGUACUAUGAACGUGAACAAACGUCAAAAAUUAGUCGAAAAGUUCAAUAACCCCGACGGAGAGGAGUUCAUCUUUCUUCUAAGCAGCAAAGCUGGUGGCUGUGGCUUGAACUUGAUCGGUGCAAAUCGCCUCGUGCUGUUUGACCCAGAUUGGAACCCCGCUGCUGACCAGCAAGCUUUGGCGCGAGUAUGGCGUGAUGGGCAGAAGAAAGAAUGUUUUGUCUAUCGCUUUAUCGCGACAGGCUCGAUUGAAGAGAAGAUUUUCCAGCGACAAUCGCAUAAACAAUCGCUUUCUUCAUGUGUCGUCGAUUCCGCAGAAGAUGUUGAACGGCACUUUUCCCAGGAAUCGCUCCGUGAACUUUUCCAGUUCAAGCCAGAAACAAGAAGUGAUACCCAUGACACUUUCAAAUGCAAGAGAUGCAGACCGGAUGGAACGCAAUUUAUCAAAGCACCAGCUUUAUUGUAUGGUGAUACAAGCUCUUGGAAUCAUUUUGUGAACGACGGCGAGAAGGGCCAGCUAGGCAAGAUUCAAGACUUGCUGAUACGCCAAGAGACAGGAGAAAGAGAUGUCUCUGCAGGUGUUUUUAGGCUCGAGAAAAUCGUCCGUGAUGCUGCUCUAAAAGAUGAAUACGAGAAGAUCCGAAAUAUCGUCGACCAACUAUGUCAUGACUAUGCGUACGCCGUACACCAACCUCAUGCUAGAAACGGUGGUUUGAUCGGGCUGGCGGCCGCUUCAAUAGCGCUGGGAUCCGUGACUCAACCAGGAUACGAGGGUGUUGCGCCUUAUCUCAAAGAAAUUGUGCCCCCGGUGCUUGCUUGCUUCUCGGACCAGGAUGCGCGAGUCAGGUAUUACGCAUGCGAAAGCAUGUACAACAUUGCCAAGAUCGCCAAAGCAGAAAUAUUGCCUUUUUUCAAUGAAACUUUCGAUGCAUUGAGCAAGUUAGCAUCUGACUCGGAAGGCUCCGUGAAAAACGGCGCUGAGCUUGUCAAUCGGCUUGUGAAGGAUAUUGUAGCCGAGUCCGCUGCUUCCUAUGUUUCGACCCUACAGAUUUCUGAAAAGGAAGCCUCGGAUCCAGAUGGAUUUGAGGAUGCGGAGCUUCCCACUGCCUUCUCGCUUGCAAAGUUCAUCCCGCUACUUAAGGAACGGAUAAAUGUGAUCAGUGCAUUUACCCGUACUUUUCUUGUGUCAUGGCUGACACUGCUUGAUACGAUCCCGGAUCUAGAGCUUGUUAGCUACUUGCCAGAGUUCCUUGGGGGGCUGAUCAAAUUCCUUGGCGACUCGGAAAAAGAGGUGAACGUGGCUACUCAAGUCCUUCUAGAUAGGUUUCUAUCUGAGAUCAAGAGGAUUGCACGCCUCAGGAAAGGAAUCGAAGAUAGCCGGAAGGGGCAGGAAAGCAAUAACAGACAAUCAGUGACAAGCGACAGCGUUAGCACAACUAUCGAUCCGCCUAUCGCUCUCGAGGCUGAAAAGAAUGAUAACGAGAAUGCCAUAGAAGACUCAGAUUCCGAGUCUGUCGUUGUCGAAGAUGGGUUACACGUCGACGGAGACUGGAUUCCCGGCCAAGAUGUCCAUAUUGACUACCCCAAAAUUUUAGAAAUCCUUGUGGCCUUUGUUCAAACCUCUUAUGAUGAAGAGAUACAAUUGACAGCGCUGCGGUGGAUUGACAGCUUCUUUGAAAUAAGUCCUGAGGAUAUUCUUCCAUUCGUUCCGCCACUUCUUACUCGAGUUCUCCCUGCAAUGUCCAGUACCUCAGAUCAAGUACGGCAGGCCGCAAACCGAGUCAAUACGUCUUUGCUGGAGUACAUUGUUUCCUUGCCGGAAACGGAAGAAAGGCAAACUACAACCUCGAAAUUGCCACCUGCUACUCCUAGCAAAGAGAGCUUCGAGAGGAGAUCCUCUACACCUAAUACAAAACCUCCUGAUGCAUCAGGGAGCGAUCCCCAAAAGCAAAGUUCACAAGAGCUCUCAAAUGACCAGACACCUCGAAGCAGCAUCAUAUCCACACCCAUACCAUCUGUGGGUCUUGAUUACUCUGCAGCUGUGGAAUCGCUUACUCUGCAUUUCCUGAAUGAUAAUGAAGUUACGAGGGUGGCUGCUUUCUCUUGGCUGAUUAUGCUUCAUCGAAAAGCUCCUCGAAAGAUCCUCACAUUCAAUGAUGGGUCUUUUGGUGCUCUUCUCAAGACGCUAUCAGACCCUGCCGAGGCGGUUGUGACCAAAGAUCUUCAGCUCAUAUCUCAGAUUUCAAGAAGCAGCGAAGACAAGCAUUUUUUCGGUUUUAUGGUCGAUCUACUUCGGCUGUUUUCCACGGACAGACAUCUUCUUGAGGUCCGUGGAAACCUUAUCAUCCGACAGCUUUGCAUGAAUCUGAGCCCAGAACGUAUCUAUCGAAAUCUAGCCGAGUGUCUUGAAAAAGAAGAGGAUAUUGAGUUUGCUAGUAUCAUGGUCCAGAAUUUGAACAAUAACCUUAUAACUGCGCCAGAGCUUUCGGAGCUUAGAAAAAGACUCAGAAAUCUUGACUCCAGGGAAGGUCAAAUGUUCUUCGUGACUCUAUUCAGGUCGUGGUGUCAUAAUGCCGUUUCUACAUUUUCCCUAUGCCUGCUCGCGCAAGCUUAUGAACAGGCUUAUAAUCUUUUGCAAGUUUUUGCCGAACUCGAAAUGACUGUUAACAUGCUGAUCCAAAUCGAUAAACUGGUUCAGCUACUAGAAUCCCCUGUCUUUACCUAUCUUCGCCUUCAACUUCUCGAGCCAGAGAGAUACCCAUACCUCUACAAAUGCCUCUACGGUGUUCUCAUGCUCCUCCCUCAAAGCUCAGCUUUCGCCGCGCUGAAGAACCGCCUGAAUAGCGUUAGCAACAUUGGUCUUCUGCAGACCGGACCACGGCCCGCAGGACCAUCCGCCAGCUACGAGCGCUCAACAGGCCGACUGAAAACACGUGAUGAGAACUCCAUCCGCUGGGUAGAACUCCUAGACAAAUUCAAAUUCGUCCAAGAAAGAGCAAGACGAGCCCAGACCACAUCCCAACGACAACUUCAACAAGGCAGCACCAGCACUUCCACGAGUCUCCACAACCCCUCCCUCUCCGCUGCCCUCUCCGCCGCCGCCACAGCCGACCAGGCACGCGGGAAAGAGAGAACAUACCCGGAUACUCCUCGCGGAAGCCCAGGGCCCAGUGGGUCUGGGGGCCGCCAUACCCCGGAGACCGGGAACCAGAAGGGCGGGUCUAUAUUAGGCGGUGCGCAGAGACACAAGUCCAGUCUUUCGAAUCUCGGUCGAUUGGGUAUUGGAAGUAGGAAGUCCAAACGCUGAUUGAUUGAGCUUGGGCUUGGGUGAGAAAUGCGUGUUCAAGAAUGGAUUGAAUAUACAUACAGAAUUAAUGAUCAACGUGGGUAGGUGUCUAUUAUCUGUUUAUAGCAUGUAUAUGGUGGUUUCAAGUUGACAGGCUUUUUUAUGUUUGUCUCAUGGAAUAUUUGGGCAGGAUAAGUUGUUGCACAUGUUUAGAAGUUUUCUGUAUCGCAAUGAUUGAUAUCCCCAUUCCUUACAUCAAUAAAUAGUGCAUAUCAAGGUGUCUCACUGCUACAUUUCUAGUUGAUUAGUUUAUGGUUAUCGUCG